AUGGUGCUGAUGGGAUCGAAGAAUGUGUUACCCAUGGUUUUGUUGGGCCGCUUGCGGUAUUCUAAGGGCAUGGAGCUGAUGGCGAAGGCUGUGGCUAGACAAAAGACCUACGGUGAUCGGGACUGCUUGCUUGUUUGUGAGCACGAACCCGUUUACACCGUUGGAAUCCGUGAUAAAUCUUAUUCUGAGGCUGACGAAGAACGACUGAAACGAUUGGGGGCUGAUUUCGUGCGGACGGAUCGCGGAGGUUUGAUCACGUUCCACGGUCCUGGUCAAUUAGUGGUGUAUCCAGUGUUGAAUUUGAGAAACUUUGGUCGAACUGGUUCUCCAGUCAAGUGGUAUGUUAGUAUUCGUGUCCGAAACGGGGUCACGAGCCACGGACUGGCGUUGAAUUGCAACACCGACCUGAGUUGGUACUCCCACAUCGUGCCCUGUGGCAUCACUGACCCGUUGGCCGGCGUGACGUCGUUGAGCGUUGAAUUGGGCAAGCCGUUUACAGUGGAAACUUGUGUGCCUUUGAUUGCAACAGCCUUCCAGGAGGUGUUCGGCAGACGAGUCGAGGUACUGGAAGCGGAAUCACUUUCUUUCGAGUGAUGGUUAGUCAAGUUUUUCUUGUCGUCGUCUUUAUAUGUGGUACUAUGUGUUCUGGGUUAUGAAGGCAAUGUUUUUUCUCUUA